AUGCGAUCCGAGGUCGCACCCGUAGAUGCAGCCGUGCUCGAAUCUCUCAAGCGUCGACGAAUCGCAUCCCUCGUUGGAUCCUUCAUUGUGGCUUGUUCAGCUGGGGUCAAUUACGCGUUCAGCUCGUUUGCGCCCCAGCUUCAGGAGCAGCUGCAGCUGACCAGCACGCAGAUCAAUGUGGUGGGCGUGGCUGGAAACAUGGGCGUCUACCUGUCCGGUCCCUUCUGGGGCCGAUGGGUGGACAAGCAAGGUCCAAAGGUGUAAGUGUAUGCGGAGAGGAAAGGUGCGAAUGCGAUGCGCUGAUGCGGACAAUCCAUCACUCAACAUGCAGCGCACUGCUGGUCGGCAGUGCCCUCGUCCUCGCGGGAUUUGGAGGGCUAUCCCUCUCCUACACGCACACUGCGCCCUUCCAUGACGCCUCGCCCUCGACGCUGGCCGUGCUAAGUCUGUUGACUGGCUUGGGGAAUGCUGGUGCAUUCACAGCGGCAAUGAAUGCGCAAGCCAAGAGCUGGGAUGGUACCCGACGCGGCUCAGCUACAGCCCUCGUCCUUUCCGGCUUUGGCUUGUCAGCAUUCCUGUACUCCACCCUUUCCCACCAACUCUUUCCUGGGAACACCUCCGACUACCUCUUGCUGCUAGCAUUUGGAUGCGCUGCUUCUUUCUUGGUUGGCGUGCUGCUCAUUCGUAUCUUGCCGCCCGCAGACGCGAAUCCGCUACUGACGCGGCGGGGCAGUGAUGGUCGUGGUGCAUGGACGCAGGCACCAGCUGGAGACGACGAGGAGAUCGGGCGGCUAGAGCAGAAUGCAGACGUAGAUGAGGACGAGGAUGAGGAGCGGGGUCGAUUGAGACCUCAUCUAAGUGGUAGAAGGCGCACCAGCAGUGAAGUCUCUGCGAGAGCCUUCCUCAACGCCCCACCUACCGACGAAGAUACAACUAGUGCAGAUGAGGAAGAUAUGAAUACCCGCGCAACGUCGCCUGCUACGACUCCUUCGAAUGCAGGUGCGGGUGCGACACCUGAGGGGAACAAGGGCGAUUCUAGCAGUGUCGACGUCACAAACUUCACCCUGUUGAAGCAAGCAGACUUUUUGCUCCUCUUUCUUAUCAUGUCGCUUGUUAGCGGAACUGGAUUGCUGGUCAUCAAUGUGAGUGGCGUGAGCUUUCUCCGCAAGCUGAUGGGAUCGCUGAAUCGGCAUCCUUGCAUAGAACAUCGGCACUAUCACACGGACACUGUUUGAAUACAACAAGGGUCGCAAAGACGUGCCUGAAAUAGCCCUUGACGCCCAAAAUUUACCUCGCGAACUGAUAGACAUCCUCACGAAGGACGAAAAGGCAAUCGUUCAACAAGCGCAGGCACACCAGGUCAGCGCCAUCUCACUUGGAAACGCUAGCGGCCGCAUUAUCAUGGGUGAGCUGCAGCGAUGUUUCGGCUAUGUGGGCCAGUGCUGAGAGCUCUUAUCGUUCGCCCACUAGGUUUACUUUCGGAUCUAUUUGUCAGCUCCACAGGCGAUGCGAGGAUGCGAGUCUGGUUGCUCAUCUUGGUGUGCAUACUCGCUGUAGGCAGUCAAGCGCUCGCAGCUGCUCCAAACACGAUCACGACAGUGCACAGGUUGAUCAUCAUCUCGCUCGGCACUGGAUGGAUGUACGGCGCGCUGUUCGGUCUGGCGCCCGUCUUGACAUUUGAAUGGUUCGGCUUAAAGCAUUUUUCACAGAACUGGGGCUACGUCAGCCUGUCGCCCGUCAUUGCAGGAAACAUCUUCAACCUCCUCUUUGGCAAAGUCUACGAUAGCCAUGUGCCCAAGGGAAGCGGCAGUGUGCACCAGUGCCCGCUAGGUGAAGAGUGCUACAGAUCGGUCUUUGAGAUCACCGAGGUCUGCGCUCUUGCAGCUGCGGCUGCUAGCUUCCUCCUGAUCGUUCGUCGUACAAGGGACGUUCAGCAUGUUAGAAACCCCUUCGUGGGCUUGUACGGACGUCUGAGCAACGCGGUGCGGUAG